UUUCGAAGUUCUGCUGCCAGAACAUCCUUGUUUACAAAUGUUACGAUUUCGUGAAAUAUAGCUAGCUGUAGAGUAUGACGCUAGUAGUUUUGCUGUUUUAUGUUUUACUCAGCAAGCUUCUCAAACCGCGUCUUCAAACUGUUUUGGUAUGACGACAGAGCCAGAAGCGUCACAGAUCAAUCAUAACCAUCCUUCUGUGUAGUUUUCCGGCGAAAGGGGGAUGGGCUAAUGAAAAGAUUGGGCUAGUUGUUGGACCACCAAGCAGCUACGCUACCUGCUGUCCAUGCAUGCCAUAACCCGAUGGAUCCUAGCGGAAGUGACCUGGAUUCGAGUCUGCCCCAUGCAGAGAACCCGUGCCUGAUCGUGGAGGACUCCCAGCCCGACAGUGCGGCUCUGGAGGACGACCCGGACAGUAGCUACCGCGCCUUGCUCGCCCGCCGCUUGUCCAGCCUGCAGCCUGCCACCUCCCACAGCCCUGUACUGGAGCUGAUGUCCUCUCCGGCAGGAAACCGAUACUCCGAGACAGACAGCCAAUCAGAGAGGGUCCAGAACAACAAUCACAAUGGGCCAGUCAACCAGGAGGAAAGUCAAGUCCUAGAAGUUUGCUCCAAUACAAGGAGGUGUGCUACAGAAGACAUGGCCACGGAGUCUGGGGCGGACUCCACUACACAAUGCGCCCAGCCUGAAGGGGGAGUGUCCCAGUUAGAUUUUCUGGAGCUUUCUGAGAGCCAGGGUCCGGGUGACGUGGUGGGGAACAGUCAGGAGGAGGAGGGCCCUACUGCUGCCCAGACAGACAGCCAGAGACACAACCAGCCAGGUGAACAGAAGAACAUAACCAGGGGCUUGCCUUCAGGCAGUCAGGACAGAAAAUCCAAGAGGUCGGAGGUGAGCUCUAGCAGCUCGUCAGAGCCCCUGGGUCGUGCCGGCCGGGAACUGAGUGUCCAGGCUUUGCUCCACUCCCAGGGCCUGCAGGCCAGCGAGGACCAAGAUCCCAAAGGGGACGACUCUGAGCUGCUGUCCUCUCAGGAGGACCUCUUCGACACUGACAAGACAGGCACAGGGGUGGACAGCACAAUGUCAGAGGCAGAGAACCAAGGCGUGCCCACCCUGACCCCUGCCCACACCCUGCGUCUGCUGCACCUCUCUGGGCAGGGCACCCUGGUGCAGGAGAGCCUCUCCCAAAACUCUGAGUUUGUAGCACCCACCCAGGAAAACUUGAGCCAAACACCUUUCAUCGUCCCCAAUUCACCGACAGGACAAGAAAAUGACCUGGGUGCCGACGAACCAAUGGACACUUCUAUGCCUCCGGAGGCCCAAUCGGAUGGUAAGGAGGAGGAGCCAAUGGACAUGGACCCAGCUCCUAAGUCACACCCCUCGGCAUCCACCCCAGUAUCCCAGAAUUCCCCAGGUUUUGUGUUGGAGAGGACCCUCUCUCUGCCUACCCAGCCUGAGUUCUCUCAUGAUGUAUUUGUCCCAACCCAGAGCCAAGAGGCUGGAAGCAGUAGCAUAGCUCCACAAGAGACGCACAGCAGGAAAGUGACAUCAUCAUCCCAACCCACAGCACUGGAUUCAAGCUCACCCAAGAUGGCCGCUGCACCCGCCCAGUCCAAAGCACCCACAACAACUGACCGAGAACACUCUGUGACUGAUUCUUUCCAACUGGAGCUGUCUGUGAAUACUCAGAGCUGUAGUCUGGCCCAGCAGGCUUCCAUGCAGGCUGGGGGGAAGGAUGUCGAGGAGGACAGUCAGGCUACACAGAUAGAAGAAGGUCUGGACGGACGCCUACGGAUAGACACCAGUGACUCUGUGAUUUCACGUAACAGCCAGAAGAGGGAAAGUAACGGGGUCCCCUCUGACCCAAAAACACCUGCUAUUUUGCCUAAAGUUCCUCAGGUGCCUGACUUACUGAAGACUAGUGGGGAAAGUACCAGGAGAGAGGAAUGUAACACUUCACAGAAGUCUGACACGCACAAACAGACAACCUUGAAUGUACGCAACAUGAAUAUAGGCGACGAUGGUAUCAAUGUGACCAAAACAGAGAGUUCUCAGAAGCAGGAUGCCAAGGCCUCUUCCCCCUCUCCUUCCUCCCAACAGAAGCUUGAAACCAUAGACUUAUUCACCCCUAGCAGCUGUGUGCAGGAGACGCCUUCUUCCUCGAAUAGCGCUGCCUGUAGUUUAGCCUCCCUGUCUCAGUCUCAAUCCCAGUCUGUUUUCCCACAGAUGUCUCACGUGGGAUCAGUGAAGGCUCUCUCUCCGAGUCCAGGUGUUUGUGUAGACUCCAGAAGAGAUGGAGGAGGAAGGAGAGACAUAGGAGAAGCAGGAGGAGGGGGAAGCCCGACGAGCUCACAGAAAAACAGGGACCCGUCUAAAUCCAUACAGUCUUUAUCGCAGGAGCGUGGAGGCACUGCUACCAACAGCCCAAAGGAGAAAAACAAAGCAGAUGAAGAAGGGAUGGAGGAGGGGGGAGAGAAGCAGCACGACAGCACGUUGGGGCCUGAGGGCUCAGGCCUCUAUCUGUCUCUCUCUCAGAGCCAGGUGCUUUCUCCAGAGCCCAUGGAGGAAGAAGAGGAGGAAAAAAUAGGGAAGUUCGCUGUCUCGCACUCCAGGAGCGAGGGAGGAGUAGGAGAGGAGGAGAGCUGCAGCAGCAUCAUUGUGCUGGAGGAGAGUGAGAAGGGCUCCCAGCUACUGGAGAAGGAAGUGAAGUCGCCGUCUAACAUGGCCACGUCUCAGCCAGUGGCAAGCCGGCGGGGGUCAGUGUCGUCCAAUGGCACAGGGUCACAGCUAAAGGACACCCAGCUGGUACCAAUCGGACUCACCCAGGCUGAUAAGGAAGGGUCUAGGGAAGCAGAGGGGCUCCGAGACAAGAGCCUCAGUGACAGCUCUGGAGAGAUUCCAUUCCACUUCACUCUCCCCAAAGAAGGCGAGCUGAUUGGCCCUCGUGUGAGUGCCACUCCCCCUCUGAUCAGCCAGUUGAAGCAGACACCAAGACACAGCACUCCGAUUGACAUGACUUCCUUCUCUGAGAAGUCCGCGGCGGUGGGUGAUGUUUCCACGGAGACGGUGAUGGCGACCAGUGAAAUCACGGCAGGGGAGAGUGGCGAGGACACGGCCGACGGGGCUGAUGGGAAACUGAGUUUGCGGAUGAAGCUGGUGACCCCUGUGGAGGAGAGCAGCUCAGAACACUUCAGCCUGCAGAAGCCACCGCAAUCAGACGAGGAAGGCUCUGUCUCCAAGGUUACCACCGUUGUCAAGGCUGUAACCAGCCCCCUGCCCAGCCCCUCUGUGUUCAGCAGGGUGAGGGAGGCCCACAGACAGGUGAUGGAGGACCAGGCCGAGGCCCAUCCCAGUGACCCUGGAACCCCUGUCAGAGGGGAACUGUUCAGCUCACCCUCACAGCAGAAAAGCUCCCAAAGACCCUCCAUCCCCUCUCUCUCCCUGGAAUGCAUCAGCCUCCCCAACAGCCAAUCCGAGCCCCUCUCCAGCCCCCGCCAGGAAGUGAAGCAUACGUUGCCAUUGGGGCUCAGAGAGAAAGAGCCUCCUGCUGAACCAUCCACCCCAGGCCGUCCAGCAGUGAAAACGCCACAAAAAGGCACCGCAGCUGGGGAUAGAGAGCCGUGUGGGCCCCCGGAGCCAUCCACCCCCACCAGAGCCGCUGCCAUCAGACAGAGGGCCGUGUCCCAGCAGACAAGCUUUGACAACACCAUCUCUCCCAGUUCACCCAGUAAGAUUUGUCAGAGAGUGGCGUUUCAGCAGACCAGUUUUGAAGCGGCUGGCCCCAGGUCUCCAGCAGCCAGCGACGAGCCAGAGACCCCACCUUCGAGGGCAGCUGCUGGUCCCGCCCAUCGCAGACACGUGCGGACCAUUCAGGAAGUGCGGACUACGGUCACACGCAUCAUCACAGACGUGUACUACGAGGACGGGAGAGAGGUGGACUGUAAGGUCACUGAGGAGUCGGAGGAGCCGGUGGUGGACAGCCAUGUGUUGGAAAGCGACAUCUCUCCGUGUCGCACCGGCAGCUCCAUGACCUCUGGUGACCUGGGUGAUGUCAGCUCUCUGUCCUCCAAAGCUUCCAGCCUGCAGCACAGCUCCGGGGGCACCAGCAUAGUCACGGGUCCUGCCCAGAGGGGCCCCGAGUUUAUCAUGCCGCCCAGCCGAGGGGCCAAGUCUGCCAGCCCCAGGAGGGGGAGUGGGCCACAGCAGAGGGGCCACAGGGGUCAAACGGCAGGGUCAGAGUUCAUGAGAGAGAGAGUUCUAGGACUCCAUGGGUCACGGGCCUUCACCCCAUUGACGCCCCGCGGAAGAGCCAGGAGGGGCAGACCUCCGUCCCGCUCACCCCUGUCCAGGGGUGCCGGGGUCCCUCGUGCCAAUGCCCGCGGCCAACCACUGUCGUCCUCCGAGGAUGAGCCCUACACCCGCCUGUGUCCCACCCCGCACAUCCCAGACAGCCCAGUGGUCCCCAGCCACUCCUCCACGUCUCUCCUCACCACCAUUUCCCAAGAUGAAAGCAGCCCAGCUGGGAGCAGCUUCGUGGGGCUUCGCGUGGUGGCCAAGUGGUCCAGCAACGGCUACUUCUACUCAGGCCGCAUCACCAAGGACCUGGGCGAGAGGCGUUACCGGCUGCUCUUCGAUGACAGCUAUGAGUGCGAGGUCACGGGCAAGGACAUCCUGCUGUGCGACCCCAUCCCCCUGGACACUGAGGUCACGGCACUGCUGGAGGACGAGUACUUCAGCACAGGUCGAGUGAAGGGCUACAAGAAGGAGGGCGAGGACUUGUUCUACAGUGUGGAGAAGCAGGGCCAGACUACAGCUGUAGAGAGGGAGGGCCAGACUACAGCUGUAGAGAGGGAGGGCCAGACUACAGCUGUAGAGAGGGAGGGCCAGACUACAGCUGUAGAGAGGGAGGGCCAGACUACAGCUGUAGAGAGGGAGGGCCAGACUACAGCUGUAGAGAGGCAGUGGUACAGCCGCAGUUCUGUCAUCCUGACCAUGGAGCAAGGCAACAGGCUGAGAGAACAGUACGGCCUGGGACCCUACGAGCCCUCCACACCCCUGGCCAAGGCCUCUGAUAUCAGCCUGGAUAACCUGGUGGAGGGGAAGAGGAGACGCAGGGGGAUCACAGGGGGGGCCAGCCCCCUCACCCCUGGCCCCUCUGGGAAGAGGAAGCUGAUCAGCUCUGAGGACAGGGACGGGACCCCGGCUAAGCGAGGCCGCAGAGGGGGAGCCAGAGCCGGUCAGCGGGUUGGUGUGUGUAACACCUCAGGCAGUGGCACCGACCUGCCCUGGGACCAUAGUGACCUGGCGGAGACUCACGGCCCGCUGCCCCAGAGUGCAUCUCUCUUCCUGGGCUUUGCCUUCAUGCUGACCGCAUCAUCAGAGAGCGACCGCCAGACCAACCAGACAAUCAGCGAUGGCGAGGAGGAGUAUGUGCAGACGGCCCCCUAUCACAAACGUUACACUGAGACCCAGCUGGAGGCCGGAGCAGGCUUCAUCCUCAACGACUUCAAUGAGGAACAGUGCAAGGCGGCCUAUCAGAGCCUGCUGAUCACCGACCAGCAUAGCCGAACCAGGAAGUACCUGCUGUGUGUGGCCAGUGGCGUGCCGUGUGUGUCUCACAUCUGGGUGAGGGACUGUUGCAAGGAGGGCAAGCUGCUCAACUACAGGAACUACCUGCUGCCCGCCGGAGUGGGCCCUGACGAGCGCAUAGUGGAAUGGCAUCCGCGCUGCAGCCCGUUUAAGGCCCUGCGGGUCCUGUUAGUAUUUGAGGAGCCGGCGGAGCUGUGGUCUGAGCUGCUGAUGAUGAGUGGAGCUUCCUCUGUGAGACAGCAUCAAGCAGAAAAGGACAGCUCUGACAUUCCUGUGGGCAAGUUUGAUGUGGUGGUCACAGACCGCACCUGUCCGCCAUUGGUUCUGAAGAGUGUGACAUCACAAGAAGUACCCAUGGUGUCGCCCGAGUGGCUAAUCCACAGUCUGAUCUGUGGGGAGCGCCUGGGUUACCAUAGCAACCCCCAAUAUCAUCAUGACUACACAUCCCCACCCUCAUCCUAAUCCAAGCCUCCCUUCGCACACAAAGGUUUAUUGUAGGUAGAAGAUGCUCUUAUCCUCAGAUCUGGGAUCAGUUUCCCAACUCGCAAUCAUAACCAUUAUGAGGGGUGAUAUCUGACCCUGUGUCAGUGUUUAGGAGCAACUUGUACCUACAUACACACCGUCAACCACGUUAAAUGUAUUGUCAGUUCUAUUGCAUGCUACUGUAUAUAGUUUUAACCUGUCUGUUUUUAUGGAAUAAUAAACUGACUUUCAUUUUAA